CAAUGUUCAGUGAUGAUUGCUGCGGUCAAUAAUUUUGGGGAAUUAUUUACCACUGCAAUCCACUAGAUGAAUGAAACUUCUCAGUCAUAUGUGAUUAGUAAACUCUUGAAAGAGGUCAUUUAGAAGAAAAUAAAAUUUAAUGGAGGAAAUCGUUGCAGGAGAAAACAUAAAAAGCUUGAAUUCUUGUUCACAUAAAUGGGGAUACUGGAGUUUCAAAAAUGAAUAUUGAACACGAAAAAAUUUGAGGGUAUCUAAAAUGUUUCAUUUAGCUGCUAGGUCGCUCCCAUUUUUCGCCAAUUCUAUUAGUUAUAGAGCAACUUCUGCUCUGUCUACGAAAGUCAAAUCGCUGUACAGUGUUUUCGAACUACCCAAAGAUGCUACUCAUCAAGAAAUCAAGGAGGCUUUCUACCGACUGUCAAAAUUAUAUCAUCCUGAUGUGACCGAUGACCCAAAUGCUAGGGGAAAGUUUCACGAGUUAAUGAGAGCAUAUGAGGUUUUGGGUAAUCCGAUUAAAAGAAAUGAAUAUGAUCGCGGCCUAAUUCACCCAAGAAGUGACAGAAUAGAUACUGAUUUUGAACCAUACUCUAUUGAUUCGAUUAGAGACAGUAGCAAAGAUAAUUUCAAAUCAUUCUACGUCAAGCAGCAUAAUCGAAUCUUGAAUGAAUCCUGGGAAAGACAGGCUGAUAGAGAAUUAAUAAUGACCGCAAAGGAAUUGAAAGAGGAUCAUAAGUUGGUAGUCACAGUGCUACUUGGGACAAUCGUCUAUGGUAUUUUCUUCAGUUAUCUGUAUUCCAUAUUCACAGAGGAGCCCAUUGAAUUUGUUAAAGAAAAGUAGUUGGAGCAAAACUGCAUAUUAUAUAGAGCAUGUAGUUUUAUACAUCAAAUCUCAUCUGAGUUGUACAAGCUAAAUAAAUUCUUUCGGAUAACUUGUAA